CGAAAACGUGGCCUGGCAUCGCUAGCUAGCUACGCUAAAAUAAGAUAAGAUAAGAAGUGACAUCUGGAAGAAUAGCAAGAUGUUUUAGAACUUCUCCUCAAUCAAGAAAGAAAGGACUCCGGACAUCAACAAGACCAGCACAUAUAUGUGCCAAUACCUGCUGCUAAAAUCACAAAACGCAGUUCGACUGUAGUAGGAGGAAACAUGGUUAGCCGAUUUGAACACCCUGCUGGUGGUUAUAAGAAAAUCUUUGAGACAGUGGAAGAGCUAAAUGAACCCCUGCCAGCAACAGUCACAGGUCAAAUUCCAUCUUUUAUAAAAGGAAGCCUGCUUCGUGUGGGUCCUGGAUUGUUCGAGGUUGGAUCAGAACCUUUCUAUCAUCUUUUUGAUGGCCAGGCCCUUAUGCACAAGUUUGAUUUCAGUAAUGGCCAGGUCACGUAUUUCCGCAAGUUCAUCAAAACAGAUGCCUAUGUGCGUGCCAUGACAGAAAAACGUAUUGUGAUGACAGAAUGUGGAACCUGUGCCUAUCCUGACCCCUGCAAGAACAUCUUCUCUAGGUUUUUCUCUUACUUCAAAGGGGUUGAGGUAACAGACAACUGUUUGGUGAACAUUUACCCCAUUGGAGAAGACUUCUAUGCUGCCACAGAGACUAACUUUAUCACUAAAGUUAAUCCAACCACUCUAGACACCAUAAAAAAGGUUGACAUGUGUGAUUACAUCAAUAUAAACGGGAUAACAGCACACCCCCACAUUGAGAGAGACGGUACAGUCUACAACAUUGGAAACUGCAUGGGGAAGGGAGCCUCACUAGCUUACAACAUCGUCAAGAUCCCACCCACCCAAAAAGAUAAGUCAGAUCCCAUUGAGAAAUCCAAGGUUGUGGUGCAGUUUCCCAGCGCCAACAGACUGAAGCCAUCAUAUGUACACAGCUUUGGGAUGACUGAGAACUACUUUGUCUUCGUAGAGACGCCCAUCAAAAUCAACCUACUGAAAUUCCUGAGUUCCUGGGCUAUUUCUGGACUCAACUAUAUGGACUGCUUUGAAUCUGAUGAGGAGAAAGGAACAUGGAUUCAUAUUGCAAGGAAGGAUCCAGGGGAGUACAUUGAGUACAAAUUCAGGGCGUCUGCAAUGGGCCUUUUCCACCAUAUCAACUGCUACGAAGACUCUGGCUUUAUUGUUUUUGAUCUGUGCACCUGGAAAGGAUUUGAGUUUGUGUACAACUACCUGUGGCUGGCUAACCUGCGUCAGAACUGGGAAGAGAUAAAGAAAUAUGCCAAGGUCGCACCUCAGCCUGAGGUGCGGAGGUUUGUAGUACCACUGGAUCCCUGCAGGGAGGAGCAGGGAAAGAACCUCAUUUCUUUGCCCUAUACUACAGCCACUGCUACUAUGCGAGGGGAUGGGACCAUCUGGCUAGAGCCUGAGGUGCUCUUCUCUAGCCCUCACCAAGCUUUUGAGUUCCCGCAGAUCAACUACAAAAUGCACAAUGGGAGAAACUACACCUACACUUAUGGGCUUGGCCUCAACCACUUCAUCCCUGACAGGAUUUGCAAGCUUAAUGUAAGGACCAAGGAGACCUGGGUGUGGCAAGAGCCAGACUCGUACCCUUCGGAGCCCCUCUUUGUACAGAAUCCCAGUGGGGUGGAUGAGGAUGAUGGUGUGCUAUUGACAAUCGUGGUGUGCCCUGGAGCCCAGAGUCCAACCUACUGCAUAAUUCUGGAUGCCAAAGACCUGUCAGAGAUCGCUAGAGCCGAAGUAGACGUCAUGACACCUGUCACCUUCCAUGGAAUGUACAGGCCAUAGAGCAAUCAUCGUAGUCAGCUGGAGUGCUCCACUAUCUUCCAGGCCUCACUGUCAACCUCAGGACAUCUCCAGGAGCAAAUUCUAGGAAAAAUAUAAAAACUGCACAUUUGUGAUCAUUUUUCAUUUCUGAAUAUUGUGUCUAUCAAAAUAGUGAUUUGACACCUUCUUCUCUUCUCAUUCAUAAGUGAAUUUUUCCACUCAGCUCAGGUCUUCAGAGGAUGGUCUUGCAAGAAGUAGUGCAUCUUAAGUAAAUAGCAUGGAAGUUUGUUUUUUUCCAAAACAUUUUUUCCAGUUUUUUUUCAGUGAAGUUCCCCAUUUCAUCUAAUUUAGUUAAAUUUGCAUCGAUUCUUUUAAAUCAGCAAGCAAGCAAUUCAAUUAGAUCCAAGGACACCUUACAUUAAUGGUUUAACAUUUCUCAGAUAUCAUUCACCAUGAAUUAAUUUUCUGUGCAGCAUAUAACUGUACAAAAUCGGGUAACCAAACUGAAAUCUACAGGAUUAAAACCGCCUCCCUCUUGUUUCAGCAGAUGAAGAAAGGCUGCUAUUUUCCUGUGAAGAGUUGCAUAAUUGCUAAGCUAGUCUCAAGUAGUUUAAGCUUUUUCUAUAAAGGAUUGUGUUGCAUGUAAAAUAGGUUGUUUCACUCUAGAGCCAAAUCAUAGUGUUGUAAAUAGGCAUGCAAAACUGUAUCUGAGCAUUUUUCGCCCCUACAAAGGUCACCCCAUCUUUAUAUAUAGAUAUCGGACAACAAUUUAAAAUACUGAAUAAAUGCGUUCUAUGGCACACCUGUGGUGUUCAUUACAAAUGCAGGAGAUAUGUGGUCUGGGUG